AAAACGGGAGAAACAAUGCUCCCGGAAAAUGGAAGUAGGGCCAGCGACGGGGAGGCGAAGAAGCAAACACAAGACAGGCAGACAGCACAGUGGAGAGGAGUGUGGCUGCGUGCGUCCGCUCCGCUCUUGCGUUGCGCCUCCUUCCUCCUCCCCUCCGCUCCUCGCUUCAGAUCCAAACCCUCCUCUAAAAAAAGGGGAAAAAGCCACCAAAACCCUAACCCUAAGCAUCCCAAUCCCCAAAUCCCCCCGAAAACCCUAACCGGAUCCCCCUUCCCCUCCCGCCGCCGCCAUGGCGGGGUCCUCCGGCGGCGCCACCUCCUCCUCCUCCCGCAACAGCGUCGAACGAUUCUACCUGCCUCCCCAUUCCCGCCGCCAGCAGCAGCAGCGGCUGCGGAGCCCCACGUCCCCUUCACUGUCCCCGUCGCCGUCCCCGCGGUCGGGGAGGCACAAGGCGGCCGCCGCGGCGCCACCGGCGGUGGUGGCUGCGGCGGCGGUGGGCGCGGGUGUGCUGACGGACGGGGAUAGCAGGGUGGAUUCGGACGACUCCUCGUCGACGUCGUCCAAGCCUUCCGUGGCAUCCACAGCGACUGCCACGACCACCGCGGCUGACGUGAAUGUGACGGCGGUGGAGGAGAGUGGGAAUUUGGAGAGGUUUCUCACCUCCACCACUCCCUCCGUGCCCUUCCAAUACCUGCCCAAGACAAGCUUGAAAAUGUGGAGGACUGGUGAUUGUACAAAUACAUCACCAUAUUUCUGCCUUGAAGAUCUUUGGGAAUCUUUCAGGGAGUGGAGUGCUUAUGGAGCUGGCGUUCCCCUGUUGCUAAAUGGCAGUGACUCUGUAACACAGUAUUACGUGCCAUAUCUGUCUGCUAUCCAGUUGUAUGCAGAUCCAUCAAGAUCUGUUUCAAGAACCAGGCGCCUUGGGGAUGAAAGUGAUGGGGAAUACCUGGAUGCUAGCAGCGAGAGUAGCAGUGAAACUGAUGUUGACCGAUUAAGAGUCUCAUCCGUGGAAGCUACACAUGGGAUGGCAAAUGGUAGUUUGCGAACUGAUGAUGCUGAUGGUUAUGCAUCUGCAAGUUCUCCAAUCUUUCAGUAUAUGGAGAGGGAUCCCCCGUUUUGUAGAGAACCUCUGACAGACAAGGUAUCAAUUCUUGCUAGUAGAUUUCCAGCUCUGAAGGCAUUCAAAAGCUGUGAUCUGCUGCCAUCCAGUUGGAUGUCUGUUGCAUGGUACCCCAUAUAUAGAAUUCCAACAGGGCCGACGUUGGAAGACCUUGAUGCCUGUUUCUUGACAUUCCAUUGCCUAGCAACACCUUCUAAGGAUAGCGAUAGCACUACACCAGCAUGCCCUGGUUUUGGUGGCAUCAGCCCUUGCGCAAAUGCAACUGGCAAGCUAUCUUUGCCUGCCUUUGGACUGGCAUCUUACAAACUUCGCAGCUCCAUUUGGGCAUCCGAUGGGACCCAAGGACAGCGUGUCACCUCGCUGAUGGAGGAGGCUGGCAACUGGCUCAGCUGCGUACAAGUAGAGCAUCCAGAUUUCCGUUUUUUCGUCUCCCGUUCCGGUACGUGGAGAUGACUGUAAAUGUUUGUUAGUGAAACAUUGCCGUCUGAAUUUUCAGCUGCCUUGAGCACAUCUGCCUAUGGCACAUAGAGUAUGAUGAUAUGAUGAUGAAUGCCCUCUUGUACGGGGGUUGUAUCAGCCUACAUGCUAACUUUUUUCCUGUCUCCAAUAAGUUGUCUGGUGUAGCGGUGUAGGUAACCCUUUGUGGGAGAGUAAAGAUGGAAAGGAAAAUUGGAGACUUGUAGAACUUAAGAGGGGGAAAAAAAGAGAAAGAGCAAAAAAAAAAAGAUUUUUUUGUUAGAAUUAGACAACAUCAUGUGUUUGCAUGUAAAUUGUUUUUUUUAUCUCGGUUA